AUGAUGAUUUUAGAAUUCCAUGACAGAGCUGAUAGAUAUAGAGCAGAACUUGAAGCAAAGAAGCCGCUACCAAUAAAACCAAAAGAUAGCAGAGAAAAGCUUUUCAUUUAAGAUCUCCUCAGUAAAAAACAUACUAUUAGGAUGAAUCAGUCUUAGUCAACAUCAAUUAAUAAAAUUAAUAAGAAUCCAUCCACUCAUCUAUAACCCCCUCCCUCACCAAAGAAGUUCGACAGCAGGAAUAAUAAGGGGCAGGCUUAAACUUAAAAAAAUUCACCUGAAAGGAAAAAAGAGUCAAUUAUCAUUCCAGUAACGGGUAAUCUAAGGAAUAUGAACAGAUAGAUUACAAAGAGUUCGAUAGGCUUAACUUCAAGAAAGAGUGUUAGCUUCAACAGAAAGAACAUCAUACCAGAGUUUAGAAGCAGCAGUAACCUAAGAAAGCAUCUGCAGCAGGAAAGCAAACGUUUAAGUGGGGCAAUUGCUGAUGAAAGUAACGAAGACUCAAUGAGCUAUCUUGAUAGUGUAUUAAAUAGAGAAGAUGAGAAAAAACUCUCUGGCAUGAACUCAAAUCGCACCUCAGAUAACAUGCUACCAAUAAUUGAUGAGAAAUUAAGAGAGCAGAUAAAGAAGCAUAACAACAGCAAAUCCUUAUUAGAUGGAGCCAUUCAGCAUUUUAACUCGAAUGAUCAAAGAAUAGUAUCAUAUGUAGAACUGCUAAAGAAGAAAUAGGAUUAAGAAAAAAUGCAGUUACUUCAAAGACGAAUCACUAGGAAAAUGACUAUGGCUAAGCAGUCAACCUUUUAAAGCAAAUUUCGAAAUAGAUCUGCCUAUAAUUUGUCUCAAAUAGAUGAUAAAAUAAGUAGACUUAAACUUGAUGACGAUGAAGAUUCAGAUCUGGAAAGAGACACAGGUUACAGCUAAAAUACUAAACUUACAAGAAGACCUCCAGUAUAAUUAGAUUCGCUUUAGAGGAAACUAAAAGAUCUCGCCAUGAUGAAGUCGUUCAAAGAUAAGAAAAAAACUCUGAUUGAGACCAGAAAGAAUUCUUAGGAGUAGUCGCCUGAUAAUGCAUCAUUUGCUGCUGCUUCUGAGAAAUAACUCGAAGCAUAGGCUUCUUAAGGAGGAAAUGUAUUAUUAGAAGAUGAAUUCGAUAGAAGAAACCAAGAUCUUUAUGACAUGCUUAAGUAGUAUAAGGUGUGUGUCAUCCCUGACCACAAAAUUAUAACUCUAGAUAAAUUGCCUGCAUUUUCUAUUAUUGAGGGAAACAUCAAGCAAGUUUUUAAGAGCAAGGAAUAGACUAAAAUCUCGAAGUAAAAUUAUUAGAAUUUGAACUCUCUUCAAAACUCCACGCUAUUUUACUAAUAACUUAAUAAGGAGGCCUCUCAGCAUCUUAAUAAGAAUAAAUCUGAAGACUUUUAUUCAGCAAGUCUAAAUAGUAAGAAGUUUAACAGAGUGACAGGAGUAGGUGCUUGCACUAGGAUUGAUACCCAUGAGAUCCUUGAAAAGAAGGUAAAGGAAAUGUAUCAACAGGCUAUUUUAGAUUAAAAGGAAGAUGAAGUAAUAGAUUAGCUACUUGGGCCCAUCCUUGAGCAAGAAAUUCCAAAUUUUAAUUAGCUGCCGCCAAUGAAAAGACUUGUUUUGGCUUUAAAAACUAAGGUGGGUUAAGAAGAGCUAAAAAAUUAGCUUUUUAAUUACACUAGUAAUAUGAAUAAUGGUACUUACAGACCAAAGCCAAAGAAGACCAUCAGAUAAGUAUUUGAAUAGUAUCACAAGAUUAGCUCCUUCAAGAAGAAAUUAAACAAAGUUGAGGAUGAAAAUGUCAUUAGAGGAAUUGAAAGGAUGAACAGAAGAUAAAGAUUUGAUGAUGAUAAUUUUGACUUUGAUUAGCUUCCUCCAGAUUUGAGGUUUUUCCAUAAGUUUAAAAGCAUCAUAAGGAAGUAAAUACGAAGUAUAGUCAACAACACUACGCUUGAAAAUGCCUACAAAUAGGAGAAAAGAAGACUUGAAAUUGAGAUACUUAAAAACAAUGAGAAAAAUAAAGUGACCUAAGUUAUCAUAAACCAAAUUGACCCUGAAGAAGCUCAAGAUCCUAGAACCUAGUACAGAUUCACUUAUUACAAAUAAAGACUUAAGUAAUUGAGGAGAGCUUAGCAACUAGGUAAAUAUUAAAAGGGAGAAUUAGAGAUACAGAAAUUCAACUCAGGUGUUACUAAUCCCAAUCAAGUUCAUUUGCAGCUCUCGCAUGAUAGAAUUGCACCAAAAGAUACUAUGAGCAGAUUACUAAGCCUUAAUUCCAGUGCUUAGCUUUCCAAUUCAGUCAUAAACAACAAAAGCCAUCAUUAUCAUAGGACAUUUUUGUAGUCACAGGCAGCUACACCAAGAAAACAUCUUAACGAGUAAGAGGGGGAAGAAAAUAAUAGCAGUGUCUUUAGUUCUGAGGAGUUAUUAGACAAUGUAUUCUUUGACAAAAAAGACUACUCUACGGGGAUCAAUCUAGAGGGGGCAACGAAGAAGACUAAGUUCAAAUAAUCUAUGUUCGACCCUCUUAAGAGGAGAUCUACAAUGUUCAAUGCAGCUACGAGUAAAAUAGGCUUAAGGCUGACAAAUAAUGUCUCUAAAUUAUUCAAUCUUAAACUACUAGAGAAUUUAUCUGUAUAAGAGGAAGACGAUGAUUGA